GUGCGGGAACAAGAUCUUCGUCGGACCACUGGUCAUAGUGGCUCUGCUAUGGGGAUACUUCGCUUUUCAUCCGAAAGUAAAGACGCCACGUCAAAAGUCCUGGUGGGGGAGCAGCCCCCUGGUGAAAAUGAAAGGCAGGGAGAUUAUUUUCGAGAACGGGACAAACGGAAAGUUCAGGCCUCUUGCCAGGAACGGUGCCGAUGUGGCACCAUCUCAUCAAGCUGUGAUAAACUCGAAUGGAAUACACGUCGGCAAGAAAGUUGUUGAAAACAGUAAGUCGUUAUCUCUGAUGACCACAAUGGUAUCUACAGAUCUGAAUGAUGCUACACCUGAAAAAGCACCGCCGAUAAAUGACGUAACUGACCGCACUAACACCCGCGGCAAUUUAAAAGAAGAAAGUACAAAGAAUCCUUUCAUUUCAACUACCAAAGCAUCGCAAAAUACUUUGAAAACCUCGACUGAGACAAACGUUGUGUCUGCACAGAGUUCAGAAUCUGUUCGGAGUGCUACAAUCUUGAUACGAAACAACAAAAACAAUACAGCCCCUGAAAUCCGGGCAAAUAGCAAAGGAAAGCAAACUACUCGUUAUAUCGUGUACUUGUGUGACGGAACAGUCUACUGUUACGGUUUCGGUGACCGCCAGAGGGCUAUCUCCGGCUUGUACUACCUGGCUCAGGUGACAAGGAGGAAACUCCUACUUAAGAUGACCAGUCCUUCUCCACUUACAGACUUCUAUUCUCCAGCUGAGUAUGACUGGGUAGUCUCUGAUGAGGAGCUUCGCGGAAAAUCUUUUCUCAAAAUCAGAAUGUUUGGACCCCGAGAGGCAAAAGCUGCUGUGAUCGACGAGAGUUUCAACUCACGAUACCCCCAAGACAUAGUCUAUUUCGAGACAAACCACAACUUUUACGAUACAUUAAAGAAAAUCCCUGCCUUCCAAAAGCAGCUGGGGCACCCUCAAAGAUGGCGAGUUCACGCUGAGGCAUGGCUUAAACUUAUGCAGCCUACGAGGGAACUUCGUUCUGCUCUCAACAACCAACUUAUCAAAAUAGUUCGAGCGCAGCGCGAAGAACAGAAGGCAUUUGCGAAUUUCGACACACGCACAUGCAACAAAAGCUGUAUAUCAACGGUACAGGCGUCAAAUGGCUCUCAAAUUAAUGUUGACUCUGGAAAUUCAAGGACAUGUAAAGAUGGUAAUAUUGGAGGAAUUCAAACGAGGAACGAGAAUGGUACUACAUCAGAUACCAGAACUCCAACAAAUCACAACAAGAAUGAGACCGAAGCAGUGACUGAGGAGCUGUCCACCUCAGAUUUGUGUCGUUUCCCCCCGCCUCAAGUCAAAAAUACAAUACCCAAGGACAAAAUCCGGCAACUCAGUGGUCAUCAGGUGGUGAAUUUAGGCCUUGUCUGUGUUCACGUUCGAAUGGGUAAAAGCGAAACGUUGAACAGAGACGGUGGAGGAGCUAGGAACAAGCCGGAAUAUCUGCCAGCGCUUUGGAACUUUCUUCGAACCUAUGUCAACAAAGGCCACCACGUGUACAUUGCCACAGAUUCUCAGAAGGUACGGGACCUGGCUCUGUCGGGGUUUGGGCAUCGGAUACACACGAGUACCACUAAAAUUACUCACUCCAGUCUCCCAGAGAAGAAUACAUCUGUUGCUAGGGAAGGCUUUAAACUGGCCCUUAUGGAACAGCUCCUCUUGUCUACGUCAUGCCAGGUGCUGGUGAUCAGCAAAAGUGGCUUGAGCUUGCGGGCCGCAAUGGUGCGACGGGCGCUGCAGGGGGAGGGGGGCCUUUAUUUGUUUCAUGAUGGUGCCGUGUCAGCAUGGAGUUCUUACCAUUUGUUUUGAAGCUUUCAGAAAGUCCCGUAGAAUGACAUUAUCUAAA